CUCCCCCUUUGCUGGUAACCACACCGGAUCAUCUAAUGCGCUUAGCAAAGGGUAAGUCAGAGGGACAUUUUCCCGGAGUCAAGGUGUAACCCGAGGGUUAGGUGAAGCGUGGAGAGAGAUCCCCGCUUCAGAGUAUUCCAAGGGGCAGGACCGUGGUGAGGGUGAACCCAGGGGGAGGAGGCGCAUCUAGUGAUUUGUUCGAACUGAGUGUAGAUUGAUAGGGAGCCGCUGCGUUCUUGCUGUGCGCACUCGGAUGUGAGCGGAAUCUCGCCAAAAUCGCAACUUUUUUGUUGCAAUUCACUUAUUCAAAGACCGCGAAAGUUUUGCCUGGUUGCUUGGAGAAGUGGGAAGGAAUUCAUCGUGCACUGAUUUUAAAAUUUCAUUUUGACGACUGAGUGCCAUUUAGGACAACUCUUGUGCACAGAAGUCAGGAUGUCAAAUAUUUCUGUCAAUGACCAUCUUGAGGGGAUAUUGUCUGAUUUUGAGGCGUUGAAGAGAUCCUUUGAUAUUGACGAUGUGGAUGAGAUCCCCACUUUCUCCCCGGCGUCUCCCGUCACCUCCCCCAUUAGCCCAACCUCCCUUCUCAACAAGACCAACGAGAGCAGGACUCCGUCAAAUCACACGUCCUCACCCUACCGCUCCAGGAUCACGGUGGGCUCGGGCCCUGUGCAGAGCCCCGUGCAGAAGUCCAGAAUGGUCUCUAGCAUGUCCUUCAACCGGGGCACCAUGGGCAAGCCAAACAUCCACGCCACCACUGGCAUCAACCGAGCCGCGUCCUUCCAGAACAAGUUCAAUCCCAACGGCUUCAACUCGUCGUCGGGCCCAGGCAGUGACAACGACAGCCUCCACAGCUCCUCCUCCAGCCUGGAGUACCAGGCCUCCUCCAAGCUGAACUCUUACACGAGCCCGUCCCAGAGCCCCAUGGGAGGGGGUGAGUACAAGGCCCCGUGCAUGACCAGCCCCGUCAUGAAGAAGUUCUCCUCGCACGGGAACAUGUUUCACUCGGAGCUGGAUAACCCGCUGGUCAUCCCCACAGAGCCAAUGGGCAUCACCCACGGCUCCAUGCCCUCUCUAGAUCUCCAGAUCGGGGAGAGCGGCGGGGUGAGGCGCGUGGUUUCGCCGGGAUCUCGAUUCACCAAUGCCGGCAUGCUGCGGAACAACGUCCCUCAGCGCGUGCAGAAUCCCAGUCCGUACGGGAUGGAGCCUUACUCCCCUCCUAACCUCCAGCAGUCCCCCAAACCCAAGGAGCGAGCCAAGCUCAACAAGUUUCCUCUGGAUCUGGACAACCUGGUGGCUAAACCCCAUGAGGAGGUCCCUGUCGCUCCGAAACCCCCUCCCAGGUUCCUACCCAGCUCCAGGAGCCCGUCCAUGUCUGCAAGUCCUUCUGCCUCCAUGAGCAGCUUGGACAGCACUGAUCUGUCCCUAAUUCACCACCACAACAACAACAACAACAUAGACAAGAGGGAGCUUGUGUACUCCCCCGGUGCCUUCCCCGUCCCCUGUGUCAGCCCGUCUCCAGUUCCCCUCUCCCCGGCCCAGACCCCGCGGCUCAACCUGGCCUCCCAGCCUCAAGUUGUCCAGCUCUCUCCGGUCACCCCACCGCCACUCACAUUCCCGGACGACAACGCUAACGAGUCGGACCUGGAUGUGGCCCAGGCCAAGGAGAGUGUUGGCUCGAUACUCCAGAGGAUUGCCUCCUUCGCCCGUGUGGAUGCCAGCGUGCCAGUCCACAGCGUGCCAGUCCCCAGUGUCCCCAGCCCGACCCUUCCUCUCAGCAAUGGCAUAAACAGGGAGUCACCAGCCAUGCAGUACAAGGAACACGACAGGAAGGAUGGUAAGAAAGCGCAUGCUUUUAUAACUGUCUAAUGGGAGUGCUUUCCAACAAACACUUCAAAAGUCAAACCAAGUCAAAACACUUUUGUUCCACUUUGAUGGAGGGUAUACUUGCUUUUUGGGGGGGUCUUUCUGA